UACGGUGUAAUUUUUUAGUCUGACCUUUCAAAAUUGAAAUGUUGAAAUUUAUUCAUCCGUUGAACUUCUCAAGAACGCUGAAAAGUUGAAGCACUUUUUCUCUGAACGUUAUUACAAGAAUUUCAAGGUAAGGUGGCGUUGAAACGAACUGAAGAAUUUAUGGGAGGUUGUGUGCCCCAAAAGGCUUUUGAAAAUUAAGAAAACUCGCUCAAUUUGAGAAUUUUUGACCAGCCAAUUAAAAUAAAUGUGUUUUGGUAACGGGGAGGGGGAAAGGAGACAGUUUAAAAUUCAUGAAAAUGGAUUUCCGGCACAACUAUGAAGUAUGAACUUUCAAAGGCAUUGUAAAUUUUCAUUUUUGAAGACUUCAAAGUGAAUUGAAAAUGUGUUGCCUAUAAAAAUGGCAAUAACGCGAUGGCAAAUUGAUGAAAUAAAGAAUCGUUUUUCCUAGAAAUCGACGAGUACUGCGUAUUUUGUACGAUAUAAAAAUCAACAGUUUUUAGCUGUUUUUCACAUAGUUUCGGCAAAUUUUCGUUCAUCGUAUUUGCAAACUGUUGAAAAAAAUUAACGAACUAUGACUACCUCUUCGAUGUUACGUGCAACUUUGGCAAUCCUAAUUGGUGCUAACCUCAUCGUUUGCAUAAAAACUGACGCUAACUCCCUAGUAGACUCCAAGAAGACCGAAACUAAUAUCGAACCUUUAUCAUCAAAAGACUUCUCAUCAAGUUUACGCGAUCUUCUAUCACCCGAUGUAUUCACCCAAGCUGAUCCGUUUCGUUAUCUGUUGGGAAAAACGAUGAAAUAUUCAUUCAAACGUACAUUAGAUGGAUAUUCCUUGAUCUCGAAAGUAGAUCAAGCUAUGUCAUCAAAUGCGAAGAUUCGAUUCCCUUCGGAUUAUUUACCAUACGCCAAACUUCUAUCAUCGCUCUUGCGAUUCUUUAUUUACCUCGAAAGUGUGCACACAUCAAUGGUUGAAAUACAGAAAAGAAUGAAAACCAGUCCUCGUGGUUUUCGGCUACCAGAUAUUAACUCACUCGAUCCUGAAAUAUCGCAGUUCUUCUCACCGGAUGUUUUGUCAGACACUAAUACUCCUAUGGUGCUUGUUGAUGAAUUGCUACACCUGCCAGGAAAUAGCCUUUCGAGAGUAGCGGAAAAGUUGAUCGAUUCUACAAAUAACAAUCGAGAAAUCGGAAACAAAUAUUACGAUUAUGCUAUUCGGCUUAGUCAUUUGCUUACUGGUUAUGUCAGCAAGACAGCUCUGAUAAAUUUACAAAGUUACGUUGGCUCUCGAAAUGCAAAUGGUGAUAUUGUUACUCCGGCAGCUGGUCUGAGUAAACUGAAGUAGGGCUGUGAAGUGAAUUUUCUCUUAUAAUUUGUAUGUAGGUGAGUUAAUUUGCAUCUGGGUUCUGAUAAGAGAAUUAAAUGUUGAAAAAAAUUUUUGUUUUCCUUUGAAGUGUACAAAGUGAGUUUAUACUGGAUCCAGCUGAAAAACGAACGCCAUAUUCAUUUCCAGCAUCUCAAAAAACAUGUCCAUUGAUUUAUCACAUGUUCGUAUUUUUCAAAUAAGGAUUUUGACUGAAAUCAAGGGGAAAGGUUCCGCCCCCUUCAGUUGGGAAUUUCACAUUGGAAAUCAAAUGGUAUCCUCCAAAAGGCAACAUAAAGUCGCUCUUAUGAUGUGUUCAGAAUAACUAUUGGUAAAUUUAUACAACGGACUGAAUUUUGAUCAUCUUGCUUACAUUCUUCUUGUACUGUCUCAUAUUUUUGUAUUGGUGCGACGUUGCCAAUAAUACAUUUUCGACGUUCUGAUAACAUUACAUAGUACAGUUUCAAUGGAGAUUGAAUGAAAUGUUCAUGAAGUUUUUUUUUUUCAUUUGAAGAGCCUUUCGAGGAAAGAGGAUUUUUUGAUGCAGCGUUGCCAAUAAUGCAUUUUCAUGGUGUGAUACUUCAAGUGUGCAAUGUGCAUUAAUUGGAUCGACUUACUUUUGUGUUCCAAUGUUGUUAAAAAAUGCUUACAUCUUUCUUGUACUCCUAUUUUUA